AUGCCUUCUUAUCUCAUCACCGGAACAUCCCGAGGCCUCGGUUUCGAAUUCGUUCGUCAAUUGUCGGCUGACCCGAACAACACCGUCAUUGGAUUUGUCCGCAACAAGAAGGCAACUGAAGAAAAGAUUCAGCGUGAAUUACCUGGACGAUCCAACAUUCAUACCAUCCAAGGCGAGAUCCAAAAGCUCGAAGAUGUAAAGAACUUGGUCAAAGAAGUGUCCCAGAUCACAGGCGGUAGCCUUGACUACAUCAUUGCCAACGCUGCCCUUCAAUCCGAAUGGUCAGCACACAACCCCAUUGGUGUUCUGGGCGAGGAACCUGAGAGACUCGAAGAAGACAUGCUCGAGUCCUUCAAGAUCAACACCCUCGGAAACAUCCACCUGUUCAACUUAGCCCUCCCACUAAUUCGCAAGGGCCAAGCCAAGAAGGUCAUCUCCAUCUCGUCGGGCAUGGCUGACCCAGAUUUCAUCACCAACUUCUCCAUCGCCGACGGGGCCCCCUACACCAUCAGCAAGGGCGCACUUAAUAUCGCCGUUGCCAAGUUCGAUGCUCAAUUCAGGAAGGAGGGUAUCUUGUUCAUGGCCAUCUCUCCCGGUCUUGUUGCCACCCAAGAUACGUCCAAUUUAGACACCGAAGAACAACUUCACGGAGUUCGGGAUAUGGUAGCUGCUUUCAAAGGCUACGCACCUCACUGGGAGGGUGCCAUUUCUCCCGAGGAGUCUGCCACUGCGGUCCUUUCUGUCAUAAACAAGGCCAGCAUCGAGGCUGGUAAUGGAGGUUCCUUCGUUUCGCAUUAUGGGAAUAAGCAGUGGCUGUAA